UCAACAUGGCCGACAAACUAGCCGAAGAAGUGCAAUCUCUCCAAUUAAACGGAAAUUCCGACCAAAAUGAAGAUAAAACAGACAUCAAUACUGAUGCGACGUCACCAGAAUUCACUUUAGAAGAACUGUACAAGCUUGCUUUGCAUUUUUACAAAGAUCAAGAUGGGAAGGGACUGCACCUCUCCUACCGGGAUAAACUGCGGAUAGUGGCCCUUACAAAGCAGGUGGUUCACGGGAAAUACACACCCGGUGUGUCUCCGGAUGUCGGCUUCCUAGAUGUGGUCGGAAAUGAUAGAAAACAGAUGUGGGUGUCGCUCGGUGACAUGACAAGGGAUACAGCUAUGAAGGAGUUUGUCAGCAUGCUGGAGAGACUCUGCCCACAGUUUACUCCCUUUCUCCAGGCUCAGAAGGCUGAACGCAUCGAGAAGGAGAGGAAAAAACAAGAGGAGGAGGAAGCUCGGCGUCGUGAGCAGGAGGAGAGUGAGAGAAAAGCCCUGGAGGACGAGGCCCAGAGACAACUCCAGCUGGAGAAACAACGCCAGCAGGAACAGGAGAAACAGAUCAGAGCAGCGCUCAAUCAGCAGACAGCACAGCAGUUUAGACAGUACGCUGCGCAACAGUUCCCCGGAAAUACUAAACAGCAAGAGGAGCUGAUCGCCCAGCUCCAGGAACAACAUUUUCAGCAGUACAUGCAGCAAGUCUACCAGCAGCAAUUGCUACACCAACAGCAGCAGUAUCAACAACUUCAGGCCAUGCAGGCAGCUCAGAAGAAUGGCACCAGCCCUCCCACAGAAUCUCCUUCACCCCCAAUGGGCCAGGCCCCACCCCUGGGCACACCCGCCCCACCCCUGGGCACACCAGUCCCGCCCAUGAGCAUACAGCCGGUCCUACCCACUGGGGUGCCACAGAAUAUACCAAACUGUACCUUGCAGCAGUUGACACCACAGUCUGUAAAUCAUGUUCAGAAUGGGCCAGUACCUCCACCCACUGAUACCCCACAGACUGAGGAUCAGACACAGGGCGAAGAAGGGGAACUGCCCCCAAUUGCCGCAGCCUCCAUGUGGACAAAGAAAGAUGUGAAAGAGUUCAAGGAGUUGUUGAAAAAAGACAAAGAUUCUGUGAUAAAAAUUGGCUCGGGGGAGACUGUUACGGUACGUGUUCCUACUCACGAGGAUGGCUCCUGUCUAUUCUGGGAGUUUGCCACAGACUACUACGACAUUGGGUUUGGUGUGUACUUUGAGUGGACGAUAUCGCCAAGUAACACGGUCAGCGUGCAUGUGAGCGAGUCCAGUGAUGAGGAGGAACUAGAGGAUGAAGACGGGAAACCAAAUGAUGUUGAAAAGGGAGAUAAGCAGGAUAACAAGCCUCCUGUUGACGAGAUUAUCCCCGUGUACCGUCGAGACUGCCACGAGGAAGUGUAUUGUGGGAGCCAUGCCUACCCCGGACGCGGCGUGUACCUGCUUAAAUUUGACAAUUCUUACUCCCUUUGGAGAUCAAAGACUUUAUAUUACAGGGUCUACUAUAGUCGGUGAAAAUAGUGUGGAUCUGUAGUUUUAUUAUAAAUUAGUAAUUAUUAAAUAUUGCCACUUGUUUUUGUUUAUUGCUGUUCUUUGUUAUGGGUUAUACAUGUGACAGUAAUGUUAUGAUUAUGUUAGAGUCUUCAUAUUUAUAUAUUAUUGAAGUAUAAUGUAUGGAUAAUAAGAUGUGUCAUGAAUAGCACAUAUUGCAUGGUGCAUACAAACCUUCAUACUUACAUGUAUAAUUUGUGAUGAUGUGUGAGGAUAAAGAAUGAAACCUGCGAUUGUUCAAUUAUGACCACAUAUUUUUCCUUUAUUUUCAUCAGCAAAGUGUUACAGAAACUUGAAUAAAGAUAAUUGCUUCGCGAGUUGAAAUAAACGUGAGGGGGCUUUCAUUGGAUUCAAUUGCGAAAAGCCAUCGAGAAUAAUUGUCUGAACAUUUCAUCAUUUUAAACAAAAGAAAAAAGCUUCCGUUCUACAAUGACAUUUUUAUAUAAUUAUUUUAAAAGUAUUCGUAGUACCAGAUGGAAAUCAGUGUGAUAUUUCUGUAUUGAUAAACAAUUGACUGAGACUAUCGGGUCUUUCAUUCCUAAAUGCUUUUAAUGGAAUGUUGAAUUGGAUUUUAUACCAAUGUCAGAAGGGAGGUGAUAUGUAAAUUUCAUGAAAAAAAUUAUUCGGUACUUUUUGCACUCCAAAUAGAAAUUAUCAUUUUGAACAUGGUUCUUUCAUUAAAGCUAGAUUAGGGGGUGGGUAAAAAGCAGACAAAUACAUGCAUAGAUGCAACUACCCUUUUGUAUCAUUCUAACAUUUCAUUUUUUUGGUAUUUAAAGCUUAAGGCAUCUUCAGUGUGAAUAACUGCGGAUUGGUUCCAUUCCCUGAGGGUUUAGUAGUAGUGGUUGUUUGCAUAUCAUUCGGGUUGCGAAUUCAAAAGCUAGCUAAAAAAUGUUCACCAAUGGUUGACAUAAUAUAUAAAAUUGAUGAAUUGUCUUAAGUGCAUAACUAUGUGAUCUGUUGGUCUGUUUAAAUGUGUUUAUGCUGUAUGGCAAUAAAUGGUUCAUUUUUGUACAAAGGAGGUUUCUUAUGAAGGUGAUAUCUUAAUUAUAGCAUAAGAUUGUGUUCUAUGAAAUUAAUUUGCAGUUUAGUUAGAAAUACAAGGCUAUUUGAUACUUCUGUAAUCCAGUAUUUCCAUUUAUUUCAUAUCUUUCCUCCUUUAUACAGCUGAAGAUUUAAUUGUUUUUUAUUGAUCAGGGUUCUCACUAAUUGUUGUUUAUGAUUAUUCUUCAAAGAUAUAUAUUGAGACAAGGUUUAUUUCAAUUAGUGAUGUCCUUGCUAUGCCACAAUAGUUUGUUAGAGCUAAACAUUGUUAAAAUUUAUAAUAAAAAGCUUUUUUGAUGUUUGUCUGCGUAAUAUAUGUACAAAAAUAGACCAGAAUAUUACUGAAAAUAAUGUUUUAUUUGGUUGUAUUUCAUUUAAAAAAUACUAAAAACGUUAUUAGUUGCUUUUUUCUGCUAUUUCUAAAAUCUCCAUGGUUACCACUUUUAUAUUUUUAAAUAAUGCAAAAUAUUAAGCUGAAAUACAAACAUUGAAAAUAUACUGAUGCUAUAGAAUGAUUAAGUUGCUUGUUUUAAAAGCUACACUGUAUAUUUGUUUUUAAAGUAUGCUUGAAUUUUAAUAAGACAAUUGCAUUGAAGAAAUCCAGAGUCGUAUGUGGAGCUGCAUAUACCGGUACAUUGUAUACUUAUUUCAGUAGAAAUAGACACGAACAAAUUCAUUAAUAGAAAAUCAGUGGUGGGUCUUGUUAUGGAUUGCUCACUUGUCAGUGAUCAUGUGUAAAAAAUUUAGUUUAAUUAUCAUCUUGCCAAAACAGUUUGUGUACUUAAUGUUUUCAGAAAAUGGUGGUACAUUUAAAUUGAGUUUUCAGAAAAUGGUGGUACAUUUACACUUUUAAAGAAAUUGCUUACAUUCAUAUAAGAAAAUGUUCUGAUUAAUUUCUGCUUAAUUAACAAGAUCUGAAAUGCCAUUAAUAAUUUUCAUUGAGAAAGUAUGAUUUAUGUUAAAAUCUUUUAUACAUUAUUGACGAAACUGAUUUUAGGAACUUGCAAGAAAUGCAUUGUAGAAAUUAAAAUUUUAUUGUUAGAAAAUGCUAUUACGGUACAGUAAAUGUUGCUAUUUAUAUGUGUAUGUGCAAUGUUGAUACCUCUGUUAUUUUAACAUGUACGGUAUGUGCAUAAUAUAUGUUAAUAUUUAUGUUGCAACCUACAUGUGCAAUGUUGAUAUUCAUGUUGCUACAUACAAGUGCAAUGUUAAUAUCCAUGUUGCUACUUACAAGUGUAGGUGCAAUGUUAAUAUUCAUGUUGCUACAUACAUGUGCAAUGUUAAUAUUCAUGUUGCUACAUACAUGUGCAAUGUUAAUAUCCAUGUUGCUACAUACAAGUGUAGGUGCAAUGUUAAUAUUCAUGUUGCUACAUACAUGUGCAAUGUUAAUAUUCAUGUUGCUAUAUACAUGUGCAAUGUUAAUAUUCAUGUUGCUACAUACAUGUGCAAUGUUAAUAUCCAUGUUGCUACAUACAAGUGUAGGUGCAAUGUUAAUUUUCAUAUUGCUAGAUACAUGUGCAUGUGCAAUGUUAAUAUUCAUGUUGUUACAUACAUGUGCAUGUGCAAUGUUAAUAUUCAUGUUGCUACAUACAUGUGCAAUGUUACUAUUCAUGUUGCUACAUGCACAUGCAUGUGCAAUGUUAAUAUUCAUGUUGCUACAUGCAUGUGCAAUGUUACUAUUCAUGUUGCUACAUGCAUGUGCAAUGUUAAUAUUCAUGUUGCUACAUGCAUGUGCAAUGUUACUAUUCAUGUUGCUACAUGCAUGUGCAAUGUUAAUAUUCAUGUUGCUACAUGCAUGUGCAAUGUCAAUUUUCAUGUUGCUACAUACAUGUGCUUGGGCAAUGUUAAUUUUCAUGUUGCUACAUACAUGUGCGUGGGCAAUGUCAAUUUUCAUGUUGCUAGAUACAUGUAUAUGUGCAAUGUUAAUUUUCAUGUUGCUACAUACAUAUGCAUGUGCCAUGUCAAUUUUCAUGUUGCUAGAUACAUGUAUGUGCAAUGUAAAUAUUCAUGUUGCUACAUACAUGUGCAAUGUUAAUUUUCAUGUUGCUACAUUCAUGUGCUUGUGAAUAUGUUAAUAUUCAUGUUAAUUGUACUGAAUGAAAUAAGUUUAGACAAACCAAAACUAAUGUAAAGCAUAAUGACCAUGUGAAAAAAACAACAGUAAUUUCCAAAUAGUUCACUUUUGUUGUUGAAUGUACAAUGUUGUUUUGCCUAUUAAAGUAUGAAUAAUAUAUAUUGUAAUUUAUGCUCAUGUAUAGAAAUCAUGGAUUAAAAGUGUUGAAAUAUU